AUGGCCGAGAACAACAUGACUCCCGAGGCAUCCGCUGCUCUGCCUGGAACCCCACAAGAUGCCGACAACGACGAAACUCCUCUUCUCUUGUCCAACUUUACCGGUGCAGGUGGCAGCUUUGCCGAUGAGGAAAGUGGGCUAUCUACCACGUUGUCCAAUUCCAGGUCUGCUUCCGGCUCUGGAGAUUCCGUAGACACCCCAGGUCCCGAGCGCUGCCUCGCCCCCAACAGCUUGAUAGCCAUCCUCCUGACCAUCUUGCUAGUCCUGCUUGUGUUUGUGCUAUAUCUUCUCCUGAGGUGGAUUAACUAUCGCUCCGUUGGGGCUUGGUGUUAA